AUGAUCAAACGAAUUCCUCGUUAUUGUUCGAAAUUAUAUUUUUCAUCAAUAGCAACUGAAUUAAAAUCAUCAAAUGAAAUAUAUGUUCCACCUUAUCAACGACCAUCAUCAGAUGAUAUUAAUAAACUUGAAGAAUUUAUAUCACAUUCAAAACGAUUAUUUAUUUUAACAGGUGCCGGUAUAUCAACUGAAUCAGGUAUACCAGAUUAUAGAUCAGAAGGUGUUGGACUUUAUGCAAGAACUACAAAUCGUCCGAUGAUGUAUCAAGAAUUUUUAACCAAUCCAAAAAGAUAUAGAAUGUAUUGGGCUAGAAAUUAUAUCGGUUGGCCAACGUUUUCUACGUUUCAACCUAAUGCAACUCAUAAAACAUUUGCUAAUUGGGAAGCACAAAGAAAAGUAUUUUGGCAUGUUACACAAAAUGUAGAUAGUCUAUUGACAAAAGCUGGAUGUGAACUAUUAAGUGAAUUACAUGGUUGUAGUGCAAGAGUUGUUUGUGUUGAUUGUGGUUAUAAAGAUCUUACACGUGAACAACUACAACAAAUUAUAUUUAAUCAAAAUCCUGUUUGGAUAGCACAUUCAAAUAUAAUUAAUCCAGAUGCUGAUGUAUAUUUAACUGAAGAACAAUUAGGCGAUUUUAAACCACCUCAAUGUCCUCGAUGUUCUGGUCGAGUGAAACCAGAUGUAACAUUUUUUGGUGAUAAUGUCGAUCGUCAUUUGGUUGCUUUUAUAAAAGAACAAUUAAGUAAAAGUGAUUCUGUUCUAGUUGCUGGUUCCUCACUUGAAGUAAUGUCAUCUUAUCGUUUUAUUCUUGCUGCACAACAAUAUCAAUUACCGAUUGCUAUUGUUAAUAUUGGUCGUACACGUGGUGAUCAUGCUGCUCAAUUAAAAAUCUCUACUCGUUGUGGUUUAAUAUUACCUCUUAUAAAAAUAAAUUCAUAA